AUGAACAUUGCAAAUAUACCAAAGCUUCAAAGUGGCACGAAGUUGCAAGUGGGAAAGCAUCAAGUGUCAAUUAUCAAGUACUUAUCGGAGGGCGGUUUUGCUCAAAUCUAUGAAGUUAGCAUAGAUUAUCCGGGGAAAGAAUCAACUACAGCAUGCUUGAAACGAGUUAUUGUUCCCGACAAGAAUGGCUUAGACCAGUUGAGAAAGGAAGUCGAAGUCAUGAAAUGUUUACGAAGCGCAAGAAGCAUUGUAUCGUAUUACGACUCGCAUGCUGAAAGACUAGAUAAUGUCAAUUAUCAGGUUCUAGUUCUUAUGGAACUUUGCCCAGGGGGGUCGUUGUUGGAUUUCAUGAAUGCGAGAAUCAAAGUAAAGUUGAAUGAAGGGGAGAUUCUCAAAAUUAUGUUGGACGUUUGCCAGGGUGUUUACGAGAUGCAUAGAGCUAGAUUGAUCCAUCGUGAUAUCAAGAUCGAAAAUGUUUUGAUUAAUAAACAAGGUAGUUUCAAGCUUUGUGAUUUUGGAUCCACGUCGGUGCCAGUGUCCCCUCCACAAGACCAACAGCAAUUCAAACUCAUCAGUCAUGACAUCCUUUACCACACUACGCCACAGUAUCGUUCUCCUGAAAUGAUAGAUCUUUAUAGAGCAAAGCCAAUUGAUGAAAAGGCUGAUAUUUGGGCUCUUGGUUGCUUCCUUUUCAAGUUAUGUUACUACACAACACCGUUUGAAGCUAACGGAGACAUAGCAAUCUUGCACGCAUCAUUUCAAUUUCCUCCAUUGCCGCAGUACUCUGGGGAUUUAAAAAACUUGGUGAUUAUUAUGCUUCAAGAGAAUUCGUUUUUCCGUCCUAAUAUUGUCCAAGUAUUGAUGUUAAUUUGCAAAUUGUCAAACAUCAAGUUUGAGACGCUUGGGUUAAAGGAUUUUUACAACCUCGGGCCAUACAACUUUGAGAAAUUACAAGAGUAUCAACUUCAAAAGCAAAACCAAGCUUUGCAUGAAAAACAAUUGUACAUUCAGCAGCAAAGCUUAAUGGAUCCUAUUGAAACUCACAAUCCACUUUUGCCUCAUGUUCAACCGGUCAACUCAGAACCAGCUCCAAGUGUGCAACAGCAGCCUCCCCCACCAUCCAAACUGAAUGAAAACAUUGCACAACCAGUGGAGAAACAAGAGAGUGAACUUGAUACAGAACCAAAGGCAAACGCUGACGAGAUGGUUUCGCCCAACUCCCUCGUAGGUUUCAGCCUGGACGAAAGCGAUGAUGAUUUUUCCGAGUUGGAACAACUCGAUGAUGCAGAAGAGAGAUACCCAUCUUUGGAACAUAUCAAUGAUUUGGACAAGGCCAACAAUGCUUCCUCGAAAACAUCAAAAUCCUCAGAGAGUGCUUCCAAGUCCAGAAUAGAUAAGCCUUCAGCGAGCGUGAAAGGUGAUCUUCACCACACCGAUGCUUGGAAUGCACAACCUCCCAAAAUCGAGACACAGGCAGAGAAAUUAGCUGACGACAUUUUUGCCUCCAGUGAAGCACCCAAUGUCGAAAAAGAUGUCUUAAAUCAAGCUCACGCAGCAGAUAUGUCGAAUUUGAAAAGUGGAUACAAUUCAGAUCCCGCGGGUCAAUAUAGACCAACUUAUCCUGAUGAUAGAAAUAAUAUUGGGACCUCAACCACAGGAACAGAUCCUCGUCUAAUCGUGAGACCACUAAAUUACACCUCAUCAAAGUCUGCAAACCACGUCAAACAGGAUGUACACAAGAACAAUAAUCCAUGGGUCAGUAGGGAUACCAACAGCGGUGCUCAGAUUGCCACUAGCCCUUCAGAGAGAAAUUAUCAUCCCACAGUAUCAUAUUCGAAUGCCACAUGGGCGGAGCAGCCGGUACUUCCAAAUAAAGGAGCAAUUUCACCGCAGGAGGUGCGGUCACCUCCUUUACCAUCGAAAUCGCAGUUCGGUUACCCCAACACAGCGCAACAAAACGUACCUUUAGAUGGAUCGCAUCACCCAGCACAACGUGAAAAGAAUUUGAUUGAUCUUGAAGUUGGUCUUCCUUCCUCCAACACAUCUUCUUCUGAAUCCGGGUUGAGCAAACCAAUGAGGUCCACUCAAAAUAAUAACUCCAACGUAUCGUUAAUUGAUUUGAAUUUGAAUGAUGAAAAGAGAGAGAAAUACCAAGAGCACAAGCUGCAAAAUGCAACGACACUGAAACUAGAAAAGCCUGUUUUUAAGAAACGCCUUCCAUCGUCAUCGAACCAUUCUCAAUUGGUUUUGCAGGAAGAAGUGAUUGAUUUUGCGUCAGAUGACGAAAAUCUCGAUAAUGGUUCAGAUAUGAGUAGAGUAAAGAUCAGGAAUUCGUUAAAACAUCCAAAGGGUCGCAAAUCGGGUGAGCUCAGGAGAGCUGAAAGUUUACAAGAAUCCAGGAAACGCCAUUCUUUCUUUGGUGGUUCAUAA